AUGCGAGACAACUGGGAAACUUGCCGUCUUGUACAAAGUUCUGUUGCUACUGAGCUUGAUGUAACAUACUCUGGCAACUCAAUUGAGACCUCUGGCAGCAAAAGAAGUCUGGAGAUAGCCGAUGAAGGGCCAGGACAGAAACGAAGAAAGGAAAUCGACCCAAACAACGAAAUUAAGGUUGGAUUGUUAGUAACAGAUUCCGGAAGCGAAACAGAACCAACCUGCGAACAGACCAAUGCUGAUUGCGAGAUUGAGAUUGGAAGCGUAAUGGAAAAUAAAAGUCACGAACCAGCCUGCGAACAGGCAGAAAAUAAGCAACUUGACAUGCCUUCAACCUCACCACUACAUCCUUCUACAGAAGGCGUGCCUGAAAAAGCCGUAAAUCUUGUUUCUAACGGAAUACAGGAAAAUUUGAAUGAAUCACUACGACAGCACCAGAUUUAUGUGCACGGCCUAUGGCUUGCCGUUCAAAGUCCAUAUUUUCGAUCACUUUUACACUCAAGUGGCAUGAAGGAAACACAUGAUACAGAAGUUCACCUCAAAAUCCCAGAAUCAGAAGAAAAUGCACAUCUCGUCCUCCUGGAGGCCGUGUACCGCAGCAAUGUGUUGGAUGACAAAUCAGUGGACGAACUGCUCGCAGUCUUAGAGUUGGCCGACAAAUACGACGUAAAGUUUGUUUUUAAAAAAUGCAAAUAUGUUCUCCAACAGAAUGCCACUACGUUCGAAAUCAGCACAAAAAUAAUGCGCGUGAUAAAAGUGAAACAUAACAUGAACGAUGUUGAAGAUUUGGCAGCAACUUUACAGUUGGUUCUUGCCCAGGAGUUUAGCCCUUUAGAUGAAAACUGGCAAUCUGAGAAAUUUACCAGUCUGUCUGAACCGUCUGUGAAGUAUUUACUAAGCAGUGAUGAAGUGAUUGUCCAAUCAGAGAACACCGUAUUUCAUGCUUUGAUGCAUUGGAUGGAGCAAAAUGAUGUCGAUCCCGCAGGUUCGGAAGAGACGAAUGAUCUGCUAGCUGUUGUACGAUUCAAGUUAAUUACGGUUGACUAUCUUUAUAAUGUUAUCAAGAACCAUCCAAUUGCCUUGAAGAUGCCAAAGUUUAACGAGCUUUACCUCGGCGGUAUGACCUACCAUGCAAUUCCUGAAGAACAAAAGAAGUUGUUGGAAGAACAGCCUGUAUUAAGAAAGAAACCCAAAAGAGACAUUAUUCAGUACACGUUUGUUGCUAAGAAAUAUGGGUUAAAUUCAGAUAAGUUUUGGGCAUGUGGCUACAAAAUGAAUGUAGAUCUUGUGUAUCAUUGUAAGAAAACGUCAGGUUCUAGAUUUAGUGAAACCUAUCAUCCAUGCUUGAGUAUUCAUAAUUUGAAUAAGGAAAGCUCAGUUCCCCUUAACUUUACAAUUACGAGAAGUGAAUCCAUCAGUAAUAAUAGCUUGCAGGAAGAAACGUUUAAUUUAAAUUCAUGCAAAAAGGAAUGUCUCAGUGCGUCAAUUCCAACGUCAUAUUUCAAUAAUGAUGAUACUACACGCAAGUUCAUUGUAAUAGUAGAACCAUUGUAA